AUGACCUUCAAAGGACAGGCAACUCUGCGAAGGUUCACCACCAUCCUUAACCCAGUCCAAAAGCGGAGAUCGAGCAUCCCAAAGGAGGAAGUUUAUUUCAAAUUUAAAAAGUUCAAGGAUGAGUGGGAGGCAGAAGAAUACAUUACCCAGGUGAUGCUGCACAGUUUGCUGGACCACGUUUUCCUGAGGACUCUGGCGGUUGGGCUGCUGAUCGGAACGUCGAUCGUUAUCAGUUUCCAAACUGAACCUUCCUUCUCAGAGAAAUACUCUCUGAUUUUCACCAUGUUCGAGCAGAUUGUCACCACAAUAUUCUUCUGGGAGAUUUUACUGAAAUGGUAUUACGGCUUCUGGAUAUUCUGGACGGAAGGUUGGAAUAUCAUCGAUUUCUUGGUUACCUUUAUCCUGUUUGUGGGACCCCUGUUUAUUAAAGAUCACCAGUUAUUUUACGUGCUGAGGCUGUUUCGAAUGGUGAAGAGCUUUGUGGCUAUCAAGGGCCUUGCCGUCAUUGUGCACGUGAUCUUACAGUCCAUCUCAGACAUGGCCAACAUCAUCCUUCUGAUCAUUCUCAUCAGUCUGGUUUUCGCUGUCUUCGGGGUGAUCUUAUUCAGCACCAGCGUCCCCAAUUCCUUCGGGAGUUUGCAGGAAGCCAUGUACUCGCUGUUCAUCUGCAUCACACAGGACGGAUGGGUGCAGAUAUACCAAGGAUUUAUAGCAAACGGCGGGUUGAUAAUGUACGGAGGAGCGCUCUACCUCUUCAUCUUCAUCAUCGGCGCCUCGUUUAUCUUUGCCAACAUCAUGAUCGCCGUAGUGACGGCCAACCUGGAGCAAGCCAUUUCGGAGGAAGAGGAGAAGCGGCAUCUGAUUCAGAGAGGGUCAGGGUACAUGGCACAGAUGAAAGAUGAUACUGAGUCGAGUCCUGAGCUGGACCUGGUCAACAUAGACAACUGUAUCCGGCAUAUGGGCACCGGGAACAAGAAGGGGCCCAUGAAGUACAGCGCCAUGGAAAACCUGAACCAGGGCACGUUCGAGGAGUUCUGCUUCGUGCUACAGUCAAUGCAACAGAAUCUGCUGGUGUAUUCCAGGAUCCGCAAAGAACUGGACAGCAUAUAUUUGGAGGUGUCGGAAAUGGAGGUUAACCGAGACCAGCAGACCCUGGUGAAGCAAGAGAAGAAAAUGCUGGACAUAAUGGAGACUUUAGCAGGAAGGAAAGUGGACCUCCUGAACACUCUCUUCCCACUGGAAAAGAUGUCACAGAUGAUCAACACGGGCAGCCUUAAGAUGGACAAGAACGAAUCGGAUGAGAAUUCAGCGAAACAUUCUGCAGUGCAUAGGCCGCAGUGA